AUUGGAUAUUGGACGUUCGAAGAAAGCGCGGAAUUCAGUUUUGAGGUCACUUAAUCGAUGGCUUCUCGGUGGGUCACAGGCCGGAGGGCACGGACGGUGCGGAUUUCCGUCAUAGAGAACGAGUUUGUGCUCAGUACAGCCAGAGGUAUGUUUCUACUUCCAUGUCAACAUCUUUUUCCAGCCCUUUGUUGAAACGUCGUAUAAAAUUCGUUUAUAUCUUACACCUCAUGUUAUGGGUACUCAUGUUUGCGAGACUGUUCCCCGAAUUAUGUUUAAGAAUGGGAUUUAGAGCAAGGCUUAUGGUAGAAAAGUGGCCGUUCCCUCAGGGCGAAUUGUGGGAAUAUGUAUGGUGCUUUGGCAGUAUUAUUCCAACAUUGUUUGGAUAUAUUUCACUGGGAAGAAGCCGAGCGGGGCUGAUGCGAAUUUCUUUAUCAGGAACUGUUGUUUUCGGGCUUGGAUCUGUAACGGUCGGUUGUUUCAUGAAUGCAUUCGAACUAAUGAACUACUAUCAAACUCGAGUGGCCAAACACUAUUUUUACGAUUUUCCUGUGAUUGUUUUAGCCUACAUAUUCUUCUCUCUGUGUGUCCAGGUGCAUGGAUUCGCUGUAUAUUUCGGGUACAAACUCUAUUCGAUAUGGUCUGUUAAUACACGAAAAGUGCGGUGAUAUCUUUUUUGUGACAAGUGAAUGUUUGCCUUUUUUGUCUUUUAUGUCCUUUAUACUUGUGACUGCUAUAUUACUUUUAAGAUAAAUUAAUUGUUUAAAUACUAAUUUAGUAAAGUCCAAUCACUGUGUAUAGCAAAUCAUUGCAAAUACAAUAUGACUGUAUUUUUCCACUAAGGUUUUCUGUAUCUGCUCUAGGUAUGCAGUAGAUUAUGAAUAGCCAUCAAGAAGAAGUCGGGAGAAGCAGCAUUAUGCCUUCUGACUGAAAACAUUUCUUAACGAGACCCUUGAAGUUUAUUCCAGAUUUGUAGCCUUACUCAGUGGUUUUCAGCAUAAGCAUUACAAUCUGAAGCGAUUAUUAUUAUUCUGCAUUCUUCUUAGUGGUAAGAUUCAUAAUUUUCCCUGUUGGUUAAGUCUUACUAUUUUUCGAAUAAGUUUUGUAAGCACUUUAAAGAAAAGACUCUACUUAAGUCAUAUACUGUUGAUGAUUCGUUUUCUAAGAGGUCAUUUGAUUAGACGUUGGUGAUAGUGUUAUGUUGAGUAUUCUUAAAUUUCCGCUGCAGUUUUGACACGGCUGUUGAGAGAUAACAUCAGUUCAAAUUGUUACGUGGAAACUUAUCAGGAACGACUAUACAACGUAAGUGAAAUUAAUAAACAGCAACAUGAAGAUGUCCAACACCUUUUGCGUCAUUUUAGUUUCUGGUUUUCCAUUUGCUAUCAUACGUGAAGGCUGAUGUCGUUUAUAUUUUUUAAGCUAGUUAAGUGGGUUUCUAACUCAAGUGUUACAAAAUUUGGCCAAGUUGUGGGGGAUAUUUGAAUGUAGCGUCUUGAUUCAUUAACAAACUUCAUUUUCGAGCAUAAAAGACAUCUGUGGUACUUAUCCUUGUGGACUUUUCUUUCGGUAGGUCAGUAAUGAAAUUCUAAAUCAUUUUAAGUGGUUUAUAGAUUGGAUUUCCGAGCAUGUCACAGUCCCAAAGCGUAUCAUGGUAGUAUCAUCUUACAAAAUGUGGAUCAGCAUCUUAAUCAGUUGCACUUGUUCAUACUAAGGUUGUGCCUUCUCUCUCCAUUACCUGUUUGUUGUUUAUGGUUUUCUAAAUUCAAUGAAGCCUAACGUAGUUACUGUUAAUUGUGACGUCUGUUUAGUUCCCACUUAAAGUAUAUUAGCAGAGUAAUCGGAUUCAUUUCCAUAAAUCUAUAUCAUAUAAAUUUUGUGAUUUUUUCGUUUAAAUAAUUGUAUUACGCUACACUGCGUUCCAUCUGGUGUGUCUUUCUAGUCAAAAGUCAAGUGAAAAUGCAAAUUUUCUAUGUUGUUCAUUCUUCUACUAUUUGAAUUCUACAAAGCUAAUUUCUGUUGCUGUUAGUCCGUUAUUCGAGAACCGUCGCAGGCUUAAAUCAUUUACAUUUUGUGAUUCUUGCAUACGAACCUUCAGUUAUUCUGAACCUAUUAAAUCCUUACAGGAAGAAAAGCAAAAUGUUAAGUGUAUUUAUUAGCAUUAUUGCCAAUUUAGAAAUGGUGUGAAUUAUGUGCUACCCAUCAGAUUAACAACCACUAUGAAACAAUUUGUAAAAUUUAUUAUAGAGGAUGCAUUAGUUUCAUUUCAGUGGUUAGUUGGCACGACCUAGAAGGUAGGGAAAUUGUCCAAAUGUCAGAUAGAGUUUGGUUAUGAUGAACUCCACUAUUUCGUUCGAUAUUCUCUUUGUAUUGACAAAUAAAUGUGUAAGAGGAGCUAAAAAUAGUCACGUUUUCAUUAAUAUUAUAAGUCUGUUAAGAUGAUCGAUUUGUAUUUUUUUCUAAUGGCUUGUUAGUAAAAUACAGUUUACGUCUAGAUACGUCUAAACAUUUUUUCCGAAUGUGUUGUAGUUUAUUACUUUUACCAAAGAUUGGGUAUCGCAUUUAAUUGUAUUCUCUCUUCCACUUUUACUGGAUAGCUUCGUCCUAGAAUUAUUUUGAUAGUAAAUUACAGAAUAUUUUUUUGGGUUUCAUCUUGACAAGUAAUGAAAUUACUUAUAUUUAGUAACUAAAUACAUGUGUACGCCUUUCUUUUGCUGAACUAUCCUUUUUUUGUGAAAAGUUUCAGUUUAUUUGAGGCAAAGUUCCUGUAAGCAUCCAUAUGAGGUAGAAAUGUAUACCUAACAGUUCGUUAGUUAUUGAAUGGAGCAGUUUUUAUCACA